UUGCUAUUCGCCGGCCGUCAUUUCGCGAGAUUUCCUUGCCUCGCACUCUUCCAGUACUCCCUUCAGCAGAGGCAAUGGCCGAUGGGUAGAAUCUCACCAAGGCGAGAGUAUACUGAUAAUGUCCUUUCAACAACCUGAACCCGUUCCCGCGCAAUCCUCUUUAUCUUUCACACAGGGGUUUUUAUUGGGUCAACUAUCUGUGGUCCUCUUAAUCGGCGCUUUUAUCAAGUUCUUCAUUUUCGGCGAAGCACCACCUCCUCCCUCCCGCGGCCUUUCGCACCGAGCCUCAACACACCGGCGGUCCAAUUCGAUCUACAAUCUGAGCCCCAAUGAGACCAACUCGCGGUCACUUAGAGAAAAGCCGUCGAACUCGAACGUUCUUCGCCCGGUCCCUUCCUCCUCGACCAACACGCAGUCAAUUCUGCGCAAAACCUACUACAGUGCCAUUCCCCCCAACCUCACCUCCAAGCAUGGCCGGCACCGGAUCCACCACUCGUCACACCAGCCCGAGUCCUUGGACUGGUUCAAUGUGUUGAUCGCGCAGACGAUCGCUCAGUAUCGACAGACCGCAUACCUGCUGAAGGAUUCACCGACAUCAUCGAUCCUCAGCUCGCUCAAUGCCGCUCUAAACAACCCCGAGAAGAAGCCUUCGUUUAUCGACAAGAUUGCAGUAACGGACAUCUCCCUGGGUGAGGAGUUCCCAAUCUUCAGCAACUGUCGUAUUAUCGCAGUCGAUGACCCGGCUUCCGACGGCGGCCGCCUGCAGGCGCUGAUGGACGUCGACCUGAGCGACGACAACCUUUCGAUAGCAAUAGAGACGUCGCUUUUACUUAAUUACCCAAAACCCUGCUCCGCUAUCCUGCCUGUGGCGCUGUCUGUCUCGGUGGUCCGCUUCUCGGGGACUCUAUGCAUCUCACUUGUGCCCGCAUCCACGGACCCCCUCCACACUCCAUCCCCGUCCCCGUCGCCUCCCACGGUCGAUGGAACAAAGAGUCCCGGGGACGGUACGCAAUCUCCUCCUAUAACCGCCACCUCCGCCGAAGCCGAGGGACCCGAUGCAUCGGUUCCGAAAACCGGCACCCCGAAAAGCAACGUCGCGUUCUCUUUCCUACCGGACUACCGUCUCGAUUUGUCGGUCCGAUCUUUGAUUGGCUCCCGGAGCCGCCUCCAGGAUGUGCCCAAGGUUGCACAGCUGGUCGAAGCACGAGUGCAUGCAUGGUUCGAGGAGCGUGUGGUCGAACCUCGUGUGCAGGUUGUGGGCUUGCCGGAUCUAUGGCCGCGAAUGGGUCGCACGGGGGUGCGGACAGGCGAGGAGUCCGAGACGGCGUCAAAUGGCGCAUCGCGGGGGGCCAUGUCGGAUCAUUUAAGUGCGCAUGAGACGGAGGGACUGCGGUUCCGGGGUGGGUUGGCAUCACGGCCGCAGUUCGACAGCGUCUCGCGAACUUCUAGCUAUAACGUGGAGACGGGGGACUUGCGGCCAGCAAGUAUGCUACGCGAGGAGAGUUCGGGAGGGUUGUGUGAUUUGCAUAUGCCUGGGUCUUUGGGGGGUCAAUAAAAGGUCAAAUCGAGGGGUGGUUCUUGUAUAAGAUUCCUGAACCAGGCAAUAAUCUCGAAAACUGAAUAACGAUUUUCUUUUUACAGCGUUCUAUCUGAGGGGAGAUGAUGAUUU